ACUUACACGUAUCGGUCGGGAAAUGGGGAACGGUACAGCAAGAGAAUUAUGUGUUUCAGCCUUGAAUUAGAACGGUAUAUAAAGAGUAGGUGUAGACCAAGUAUAUUCAUCAGUUCCAUUCCAAGAACAGAACAGCCUUCCUCUCCUCAACAUGAACAAGUUCGUUAUUCUCGCUGCUUUGGUCGCUGUGGCUGUUGGUGCCGAGUACACGACUCCGGCCUACCCAGCUCCAACUUACUCAGCACCAGCCUACUCUGAACCAGCUUACCCCGAACCAGCAUACUCUAAAAGCCUACGCUGAACCAGCCUACGCUGAACCAGCCUACGCCGAACCAGCCAACGCCGAGCCAGCCUACGGCGAACCAGCAUACUCCAAAUCGGACUAUGAAUACGAACCUAUGCCGUAUAGCUUUGAGUGGGCCGUCAAGGAUGAACCUAGCUACAAUGACUACUCCCACAAACAGGCAAGCGAUGGCAAAGUCGUUACAGGAUCCUACCGCGUUGCUCUUCCCGAUGGCCGCACUCAGAUUGUCACCUACAGAGCUGACGAGAACGGAUACGUCGCUGAUGUGAAAUACGAAGGAGAAGCCAAAUACGAGGAAUACAAACCCGCCUACAAGACUGCCUACACCACUGAGUCUUCCUACUCAACUGAGGCUGCUUACGUCACUGAAGCGGCUUACACCAAACCCGCUUAUUCUGAGUCCACCUACUCCAAACCAGCCUACACCGAGCCCGCUUACUCCAAACCUGCCUACACUGAGCCAGCUUACUCCAAACCAGCCUACACCGAGCCAGCUUACUCUAAGCCAGCUUACACUGAACCCGCUUACGCUGAACCCACUUAUUCUAAGCCUGCCUACACCGAGCCUGCUUACGCCAAGCCAGCCUACACCGAGCCCGCUUACGCCAAGCCAGCCUACACCGAGCCCGCUUACGCCAAGCCCGCCUACCCUGAAUCAAACUAUCCCAGCAAACCUGCUUAUUAAAUGCAGGCGUAUGACUUGAAUGAUAUUUCUUAAUUGAAUGACGGAUUUUGAUCAACUGCGGUGUGAAUGUUCCCUGAGCAGAGCCACCUUUGUGUCUAUAAUCAUUCCACAAGAUAUAUUUGUAAUUUAUAAUACGUAAUAACUAUUUUCAAUGAAAUACAAACUCUUUGUCAUAUAUUAA